AUGUUCGCGCUCCAGCGGCACGCGACGCGUUCUGGUGCUCAGCAGGUGGCUCUUCUUUUCUCGACUGCAACUGCUGCUGCUACGACCCACACGGUCGAUUCAAAUGUGUUGCAAUUGAUAGUACGUGAGACCGAAGGAUCACGUGCAUCUCGACGAUUGCGCAAACAGGGCUUUCUACCUGGUGUGCUCUAUGGUGAAGGCGAAGACGGCAAGGACGAGCGCGUGCUUGUCUCAUUUCCAACCCGAACCUUUGAACGCAUGCAUCGUAAGCUUUGGACGUCUAUUGAAAAUCAGGUAUUCCAGGUACAAGUGGACAAUCAGUUGCCCGUUAAAGCGUAUAUGCGAGAUGUACAGCUGGACCCGGUGACGGACGUGCCCAUAGCUGUUAAUUUCUUGCGUUACAAGCCUGGUCGUACCGUAUCUAUCCCCAUCACGUACCUAAACGAGGAAGGAAGCCCUGGUCUGAAGCGCGGAGGCUACAUUAACCACAUUCACCACGCACUUGACUGCACCAUCUUCACGGACGAUAUCCCCGCCACUUUGCAGAUUGACGUCAAUGGUCUGCACGUAGGUGACAAGGUGUACCUGGAGUCUAUCAAGUUUCCGGAAGGAGUGACAGCUAACAUUCCAGAAGGAUCACUAGUCGCUAAAAUUGCUGGUCGUCGUGGUCUUAUCCCACGCGUGGAGGCUGUGGCCGAGGAAGUGGUGGAGCAAGAGGAAGAGGAUGAUGACGACGAAGAGUUUGACGACUGGAACGAUAUCUUUUAG